AUGAGGACAACAUUAUACUAUAUUUCAGCAUUUCUCACGUACCUACUGGUUGUGUUUGCUUCAAUUGCCGACAGCGACUUGAUAAAGUUGGUUCAAUCUCAGGGCUCAAACAAAGUCAUUGAGCUUAACGAUGGAAACUAUAAAGAGGUGCUUACCGGGCCUCGCGACUAUCAUGCUGUGGUAAUGUUUUCAUCGGAUUCUUCGCAGUUUAACUGUGUGUUAUGUCGUGAAUUCAAGCCAGAUUAUGAGAUCACAGCCAACUCGUGGUAUAGAGAACACCCCAAGGGAUUAUUGAAAGAGCAAGAAGCAAAGUUGGAAACGCCAAGGAAAAAUAUUUACUUCUUUUACACUGAUUUCAUGAACUCCAAAGAAUUGUUUCUGCAAUUCAAGUUGAACAAUAUUCCCAAGGUGUUUUACUUCCCACCAACUGAAAAAUCCGGAAAUGCGUAUUUAAACGAGUUCGACGAGUACCAAUUCUACCAGGGCGUACACCGUGAGUUGCUUAUGAGUUAUUUGUUCCAAACGACGGGUUUGAAAAUCAACCUCUAUGUUCCUCCAAACUACUCAAGAAUCGCCAUAAACGCCGCCAUUGUACUUGCCAUCUUGUUUGUCGCCAAACGCUUCCAAAGCACAGUGGGUAAAUUCUUAUCCUCCAGAGCAUUAUGGGGAGCAGCCUCGCUAGUCUUGGUGCUUCUCUUGACCACGGGGUACAUGUUCAACCAGAUUCGCGGAGUGCCAUACUUGCAAGGGGAAGGCAAAGCCAUGAAGGAUUUCUUCUUGCCCAGCCAGCAGUCACAGCUUGGAAUCGAGACUCAGAUAGUUUCGUUCAUCUACGGAAUGUUGAGUUUGUUUACCAUCUUUUUGAUCAAGAGGGCACCUGAGAUCAAGAACCACAAGGCUAACUUUGUCGCCACGUUGAUUGCGUGUGUUUUCAUCUAUAACUUCUAUGGGUUGCUCCUCUAUGUUUUUGGAUUGAAAGGCAUGGGCUAUCCAUAUCGCUUUUUCAAGGCAUAG